ACUCAUCGCUCAACAAUUUGUCAAUUUGUGACCCAAGUUGCUCGACAUCAUAAAAAUUGAGCCAAUAUUAUAUUAUUCACCUUCCAAAUUUUUCGCACUGCUCAAUGUGAAAUAAGCCCGGAUAUAUGCAACACAAUCUGACGUCGACUCUCUUGCAGCAACUCCUUCCUUGAUACAUGACAGCUCUGUUCUUUUAAUCUACUCCAUUUGCUUCUUCUACAUCUAAAAUUCUGCUGAAUUUUUGUCUUCUUGGAAGGGUUCUAGAUUACUAGAAUUGAGCGUAAGUUUUUCCAAAUUAGAUCACUAGAUUAUAUCCAUAAUACAUAGAAAUCAAGGAAGGGAUAAAAUAAAGCAACCCAAGAACAAGAAAUGAAUCGUGAGCGUAACGCCGGGCAUCAUAUCAUCGCAAGAAGCUUAAUCCUUCUUUGUAUGUGGUAUAUUCUACGAACUUUCUCGCUUCAAAGUUAAAACAUAUACCCACCUUCUUCCCUUAGGAUGAGCAAAGGUAAAUUGAGGAGGGGAGAGGGGGGAGGACGGAAUCAGGUUGAGAUGACGAAGACGUGGCAGAGGACAUCAGAACCUGUGCCGGAUUUCACCGAUAUCAUGAACGAAACGUUCUUCGGGACAGCUAAUCUGGAAAGCAAAACCUACGAUCUUGCAGGUCGGCAACCAAGGGUUUCAGCAGAUAUGAGCAUUGGCUUCGACGACAUUACUAGAAGUAAUAGUGGCAUGUUGACGCAAGAAUGGUUGGAGGAGGCUCGUCGUGUUAUGGCGGCGUCUCCGGCACGCUAUUUCGGAUCCCCCAGAUUUGCUGCCACACAGCAAGCAUCCUCCCCGCUUCCGUAUCUGGAAAGAGACCUGCUUUCGAGGUCCGCCCGAAGAUACAGGAAGAAACAAAAGCGUGUUGACUUAAAAGCCUUAAAGAAAUUUGAAAGGGCUUUUCUAUCUUCACAGUCAUGAUCCACCAAUUAUUCAUCGGGAUAUGGAAAUUAAGGUGAGGUGAAAAUUGGUGACUUGGGACUGGCAGCCAUUCUUCAGCAAGCCAAUUCAGCUUAUAGUGUCACAGGUAACAUUUUUAUAUGUGUGCAUGUUUUGGAUGGUUAACUACUGUGGGAUCAUUAAUUUAACUCAAGGCAUCUGUAGUUCAUAUUAUGAGCUCAGGUACUCCAGAGUUUAUAGCCCCAGAGCUCUAUGAAGAGGAAUAGAAUGAGCUGGUUGACAUUUAUGCUUUUGGCAUGCUUGCUAGAAUUGGUAACCUUUGAGUACCCAUAUGUUGAAUGCACAAAUGCCGUAAAAGUGUACAAGAAAGUUAUAUCUGUUAGUGCUUUACAAUCUCUGGACUAUCUCACAUGUCAUUUGACACUAACAUUUCAGUCUUUGUCUAUUUUGAGUGUGUUAUUUGUCAAUUCCUUUCAACAACAAUGUGUAGCUCAGAUUUCUCAAACCAUUUAUCUCUGACUUGAUUUUUUUUAAUCUGGUAUGCUAGAUAUAAAAUAAUUACCGCCGUCAGAUGUCUUCAUAAAUGAUGAUUUUGUUGGAUCUAUGUUCCAUAUCAUCAUGAUUUGUAUUUUUCUUUUCAUGGUAGGGAAUAAAGUCAGCAUCUUUGGCAAAAGGGAUAGAUUUUGGGGUUAAAGCAUUUGUAUUAAAGUGUACCUACUAAGGAUCUCUUAAUGGAUUCCUUUCUUCAUUUAGACAAAGAUACUAAGGAUAUAGGUCAUUUUUUAAAGCCUAAAACUCACCAUUCAAGUAAACAUUCUUAGCAUCUAAAUUUCCUACUGCUUGAUUCUUUUUACUAUUUGAUUUACUAUUUCUGUAGAGACAAGUAGGGAAUUUAGAGUGGAAAGUCAGCGGAGAGAUGUUAAUACAAUAUUUCUGAAACUGAGACUAGUAGACUUCUGAGGUUUUCUUUCACAUUUACACACAAAAUUGUUUGAUUUAAAUAUCUAUUAUUUUUUUCUCUCUUGUGUAUCUAAAAUAGCUGCUGCUUAUGUGGAAUUAGGUCAUAUUUGCAAUACCCAAGCCAGUGGUUAGAAACUCUUUGUUAAGGCCCAUUGCUUCUAACUUGACCUCUGAAGUGGAUGUGGGGACUGAGGAAGGUAACUUGACAGGAAAUGGUGCUUACCUCAGUUCAUCAGCAGGCUAAUAACUGUACUGAUGAUGGUAAUUGUAGUUCAGGAAACAAAUCUAGGGGGAUUGCUGAUUUUCAUUCCAUUGCGAGAGGGAUUACAUCUAAGGAUUCAAAAGUAACUGAGGGAGAAUCUUCUCCAGAAGCAAAAUCUGGUACAUUAUGCGAUUCUGAAUUAGAAAAUGUCAACUUAAUUGCCAUAAAGCUAAAAAAUUGUUGACAAGGCAGCAAGAGGACAUAGAGAAACUAAAGAAGAAGCAUGAAUUAGCUGUCUUAGACUUUCUGAAGAAGCUUCCAUUUGAAGUGUGGCAGCUGGUUUUAAAUAUAUAUAUAUAUAUAUAUAACCAUGAGUUACCUGACAGUGCAACUGCACAGAGACUUGAGGCCUUCCCCCUCUGCUUAAUGCGUGUCUGUGAGGUUUCUGGUACUUCAGGCCCCAUCCUCAUCAAGAAAGCUCUCAUUAGAAGUAAGUGAAAUUCUGAAAGCUUAGAACAUUGUGUGUGUCAUAUUUAGAAUCUUGGGUUUCCUAGCGUCAACAUUUUAGGUUCAUCCAUCAACGAUUGAAAGACGGCAUGACUAACGUUAUUUCUGAUGGCAUGAGUAUUGUUGGCAUCAUGUUAAAGGACAAAGCAGAGAAGUCAAAAUAUGAAGUCAUUUCCACCGAGAUUUACUUCACGGAGUGCUUAAAUCUGUGCACAAAAGCAUGACGGUGUGAUGAGAAAUUGCUCUUGACAUUGAAACAUCAAGAUCUCACCCAUCUAUACUUUGAUACUGACUCUAGCCAUUCAACUAGAAACUGUAUAUUUGUAUAUAUGCUCACCGACAAUUCUUUAAAUAUUGGGUAAAUUUAGUGGAGGUCCUAUGGUUGGUGUUACAUAUGUAAGUGAAACUUUAGGACACUUCCUUUGGGUUUAAUCUUCAAGUAAAUGCUAGUGACGAUGACCGUGGCAUUUUCAUUAUUUUUUUAUAUUAUGCUUCAAGAUUUUGUGGGGGGUUUUGUAUGGUUGAUUCUACUUCCAGCAAGGCUCUCCAAUGUGGAGAUGUCAAUGGAAUUCAUGUCAAGAUCACCUACCAGGACUCAUGUUAUUUCACCUUUUGUUCUUAAUUGAUAACGAUAUAGCUCAUUGAACA